AUGUCUAAGCUCUAUCCAGGUGCCAUCCCUCGCCUAAACCAAACGGAGUAUUACCAGCGGAGCACUCAGAUCAAUUCCCCAAAUCUUGCAGAUAUUAAUCACGAAAAGUCUCAAGUCACAUCUCCAUUGUUGGAAUCUCUUGAUCUGCCUCAAAAUACAGAAUACGAGAUCGUGGCUCCGUACGAGGUGGAUCACAAUGGCAACUACAUCUCUCAUGCUGUGGCCCACCAUCACCGCAGGAGAAGGCGGGAGACAGACAGCCAAUGGGGCCACCUUGACAACAUUCUCCACUUCAAGCUGCACGGUCUGGGUCGAGACUUCCACAUGACGGUCCAGGCCUCUCACGAUCUCAUAGCACCGGGUUUUACCGUCCAAGUCUUGGGGAGAAAGGGCACUAAAAGCCUCCAGAGGUUCCCAGAGGCUGACCUCUGCUUCUACCAAGGAGCCCUGAGGUCAGAGGUCAACUCCUCGGUGGCCCUGUCAACCUGCUCAGGGAUGUCAGGUUUGAUCAGAACUCAGGAUGGAGACUUCCUCUUAAAACCCCUGCACUUGCAUCAGGCCAUGCUGGACAACUACACAGCACCAGCAAACCACCAUCCGCACAUCCUUUACAAGAGGUCUACACACACGCCGUCUACAGACAGCCACAGAGACAAGAGAUCUACAGACACUCCUACAGAAAGCAGGAGGGCCGGGUGGCCGACAGACACCAAGCCGGACGGGCAAAGAGACAGAGGAUUCACAGGGACGCAGAAGAAAGCGGAGGAACAUAAUCGUCGACGCCACGGUUUCCAUAACGACAGCAGACGCGGCAGAGGACAGAAACAGCAUUUCUGUGGAAGAAGGAAGAAAUAUAUGCCCAAGCCGCCCCAGGACGACCUGUAUAUUUUACCAGACGAGUACAAGUACGCUGGCAGAGGCAAACGCGCAGUCAUGUUCAAGACAAACUCCAACCAAAAGCUGAACGUAGAGACCUUAGUGGUGGUGGACCGCAAGAUGAUGGAGAACCAUGGUCACGAGAAUAUAACCACUUAUGUCCUGACUGUACUAAACAUGGUCUCAACCCUGUUUAAGGAUGGAACAAUCGGAGGAGACAUCAAUAUAGUCAUAGUAGGACUUAUCCUUCUGGAUGAAGACCAGGAGGGUCUUGUCAUCAGUCAUCAUGCUGAUCACACUCUGAACAGUUUCUGCCAGUGGCAGUCCGGGCUGGCAGGGCAGACGGGCCGACGUCAUGACCAUGCCGUCCUCCUCACGGGCCUGGACAUCUGCUCCUGGAAGAAUGAGCCCUGUGACACCCUGGGUUUUGCUCCAAUCAGUGGGAUGUGUAGCAAGUACCGGAGCUGUACCAUCAAUGAGGACACAGGGCUGGGUCUGGCUUUUACCAUAGCUCACGAGUCUGGACACAACUUUGGAAUGGUCCAUGACGGUGAGGGAAACGUGUGUAAGAAGUCAGUGGGCCACAUAAUGUCUCCUACUUUGGCUGGCCACAAUGGAAUCUUCUCCUGGUCCUCCUGCAGCAGGCAGUACCUCAGCAGAUUCCUCAGCACUGCCCAGGCCACCUGUUUGUCGGAUGAACCCCAGGCAGUGAAAGAGUUCAAGUAUCCCGAGAAGCUUCCAGGGGAGCUGUACGAUGCGGACACCCAGUGCAAGUGGCAAUUCGGAGAGAAGGCCAAACUUUGUACCCUGGACUUCAAGAAGGACAUCUGUAAAGCCCUGUGGUGCCAUCGCGUUGGGAGAAAAUGCGAAACCAAGUUCAUGCCAGCCGCCGAGGGCUCCGCCUGCGGCCCAGACAUGUGGUGUCGCCGUGGGCAGUGUGUGAAGCAGGGAGACGAGGGUCCCAUGCCGGUCCACGGCCACUGGUCAGCCUGGUCGGGAUGGUCCAGCUGUUCCCGUAGCUGUGAGACUGGUGUGACCUACAGAGAGAGACACUGUAACAACCCCAGGCCGAUGUACGGAGGGAGGUUCUGUGAAGGCUCGUCGCGGUCGUACAAAAUGUGUAACACGGAGGACUGUCCUGCGAACAGCGUGGACUUCAGAGCCGUUCAGUGCGCUGAAUUCAACAGCAAGCCCUUCCGAGGCUGGUACUACAAGUGGACGCCCUACACUCGGGUGGACGACCAGGACAUGUGUAAGCUCUACUGUUUGGCCGAAGGCUACGAUUUCUUCUUCGCUCUGUCCAGCAAAGUGAGAGAUGGGACGCAGUGCAGCCAGGACAGUUCCAAUGUGUGCAUUGACGGACUGUGUGAGAGGGUUGGCUGCGACCGAAUUUUGGGCUCUACAGCUGUGCGAGAUAUGUGUGGAGUCUGCAAAGGGAACAAUUCAACCUGCAAAAUCUACAAAGGCCAAUACACAAAACAGCACUACACCAAUCAGUAUUAUGGAAUGGUCACCAUUCCGGCUGGGGCACGCAGUAUCCAAGUUCUGGAACUGAACACUUCCAGCUCAUACUUGGCCAUCAGAAAUAGCCAGAGAAAAUACUAUUUGAAUGGCCGCUGGACUGUGGACUGGCCUGGAAGACAUUCCAUCGCUGGAGCUGUGUUUGACUACAAGAGGCCUUACAAUCGACCUGAGAGUCUUACCUCAACUGGACCAACCAAUGAGACGCUAGUGAUUGAGAUUCUUCUCCAGGGCUGGAACCCGGGAGUACGGUGGGAAUACACGCUUGCCAAAACGGACACGGACAAGAUGAACCAACCCAAGCACAACUACACCUGGGCCAUCAUUCGCUCUCCCUGCUCCGCCUCCUGUGCUGGAGGUCAGAUGAGUACAAAGUCAGCUUGUUACAAAGAUAUGAGGGUCCAGGUGAACUCUUCUUACUGUAACCCAAGAACUAGACCUUCUACAGGCCUGGUUGCCUGUAACACCCAACCCUGUCCACCAAGCUGGAGCGUUGGAGACUGGGGUGCCUGCAGUCGCAGCUGCGGAGCGGGCGAGCAGAUCCGGCAGGUGCGGUGUACCCAGAGGAUCGGGCCCAGUCAGGUAAACCCGGUGCAAGAAACACAGUGUAUGCAGCCAGCUCCACUGCACAGGCAGGCCUGCAACACACGCUCCUGUCCCCCUGAGUGGACCACUGGACCCUGGUCUCAGUGCUCCCGAAAGUGCGGUAAAGGGCUCAGGAAGAGGAGGGUGACGUGUAUGACCGCCAACCCUGGAGCUCAUGCUCACGCCCUACCUGACGCCCUGUGCCUGGCCCAGCCCAAACCCAGCAGUCAGGAGACCUGCAUGCUCAAACGCUGCCCCAAACAGCGCAAGGUCCAGUGGUUCAUCUCCACAUGGCAGGAGUGUUCAGUAACAUGUGGUAAAGGUCUUCAGACACGUUUCAUUAAAUGUGCUGAGAAGGAUGUGGUAGGGAAAUACAGAGAGCUGGCACCCAAAAAGUGUCACCAUGUGCCCAAACCAUCUGUGGAGCUGCAGAGAGCGUGCGUCUUGGCAGACUGUCCCAGUGCCAUACACCAGAAAGCAGACUGGUAUACCUCCCCCUGGUCUCAGUGUACAGUGUCUUGUGGAGGAGGGGUACAGGCACGCUCUGUUCAAUGCCUUCUCAACGGCAGACCCUCUUCAGGGUGUCUCCUCCAUCUGAGACCUGCCAUGUCCCAGGCCUGUAACACCCACUUCUGCGCACAGCCUGAGAAAAAAGACGAUGUCUGCAAAGACUAUUUCAACUGGUGUUACCUUGUGCCACAGCAUGGAGUUUGUAACCACAAGUUCUACGGGAAACAAUGUUGCAAGUCCUGCUCUCAUACGAAUCUAUAA